AUGUCUGAUAAUAUACAAAAUGUGUGUAAUUGGUUAGAUGAAACUGAAGAAGAUAAUUUAUUAUAUGAUUCUGAUGACACUGACGCUGAUCCGGAUUUUGUAUGUACAAAUACGCACAAUGAAAUUGGUUCUGAGUCGGAUACAGAUAUUGAUGUACACAUAAAUCCGUCUUCAUCCAGAAUAAAUAAUGCCUCAGUUGCAUCAAGAUCGCGAUCUAGAAGUCCACUCAUACGAAACAAUUUCAGUUACUAUUUAGGUAAGGAUAAAGUGACAAAAUGGUAUAAAGAAAGUUGUACUCCAAGUAAUAGUCGUACACUUCGACGUAAUAUAGUGUUACAUUUACCCGGUGUAAAAAGAGUGGCAAGAGACGCAAAAUCUAUUAUUGAUUGUUGGAAGCUAUUUUUUCCGGAUAUGGUCAUUGAUGAAAUAGUAAAAUGUACUAAUAUUUAUUUGACUAAGAUUCGUACAAAUUUUCAACGGGAAAGAGAUUGCCUAAAUACGACUAGAGAGGAAAUAAAAGCGUUGUUUGGGCUUCUGUACUUGGCAGGUGUUUUACGAAGCAACCAUUUGAAUUUGAAAGAUCUUUGGUCAGACGAUCCUUUAUCUCCCGAAUAUUUUCGUGCUGUCAUGUCCCUAAAACGGUUUUAUCUGUUGCUUCGUGCACUCAGGUUCGAUGAUAUAAAUACAAGAACUGAAAGAAAAAUGUAUGACAAACUAGCCGCCAUCCGAAUGAUAUUCGAUGGAUUUGUACAACGUUGUCAGGCUGUAUAUACUGUUGGGGAAAACUGCACUAUCGAUGAAAUGCUCGAAGGAUUUAGAGGUAGGUGUAGUUUUCGUCAGUAUAUUUCGAACAAGCCAAAUAAGUAUGGCAUAAAAAUUCAAGCAUUGGUGGAUUCACGUACUUUUUUUACUUCUAACAUGGAGGUAUAUGUAGGAACACAGCCUGACGGCCCAUUCAAAUUUGAAAAUAAGCCAUCAAGUAUUGUAAAAAGGAUGAUAACUCCAAUUUCUAAAACUGGUCGAAAUAUCACGAUGGAUAACUGGUACACUUCCAUACCAUUGGUAAAUGAGUUGCUUGAAAAUCAUAAUUUGACAACUGUUGGAACUCUACGCAAAAAUAAAAAAGAAAUCCCACCUUGCUUUUUAGAUACUAAACGUAGGGAAAAAAAUUCAACUUUAUUUGGAUAUAGUAAAAAUCUAAUGAUUACGUCGUACGUGCCUCGUAAAAACAAAAAUGUCGUAUUGGUAUCUAGUAUGCAUGAUCGAGGCGUUAUAGAUACAGAUUCUGGUGACCAAAAUAAACCCGAGAUUAUUACCUUUUACAACUCUACAAAAGGCGGAGUAGAUGUUGUUGACGAAUUGAAGGGAGAAUAUUCUGUUUCUAGAGUAAGCUGUAGAUGGCCAUUGACAAUAUUUUUCUCUCUAAUGAAUAUUGCGGGAAUCAAUAGCCAAAUAAUUUAUGGGGAAAAUACUGGCAAUGUUAUAACUCGUCGAAAUUAUCUUAGAAGUUUGGGUCAAGAACUUACUAAAGAAUUUAUGAUCAACCGACUUGAUAUGCCAACAUUGAGUAUUCAACUUCGAAAUACAAUUAUGAAGAUAACAGGAAUAAAGAAACAGCCAACACAGCCUGAACAGCAUGGAGCAGUGAAAGAACGAUUGAAAUGUGCAUAUUGUCCAAAAAAUAAAAAUCGAAAAACAAUGGUGAGUAUUACAUGA